CAAUUUACCGUAUUUUCCAGAGUAUAAGUCGCUCCGGAGUAUAAGUCGCACCAGCCAUAAAAUGUAUAAUGAAGAAAAAAACGUAUAUAGGUCGCACUGGACUGUAAGUCGCAUUUUGGGGGGGGAAUUUUUUUUUUCUUAUAAAAUCUGAGACCAAGCAUUUCACAUUGCAAGACAAGUACCUGUAACAAUAACAGAAUAAACAACGCAGGCGCAGCAGCGCGCCACGGUCUCCAGCAGAGGAUAGCGGUGUUUGAAACCCUCCCAGCGGGACAGGGGAGCUCAUCCCUGGGUCGGAGCCUCCCGGCCCGCAGCAGCUCACCACAUUCUCCAACAGGUGAUGGCAGGGCAGAGGAGCUUAUUCCUGGUCCGGACCCGCAGCAGAGCGGUAUACAUAAUUUGGUAUAUAAGUCGCUCCGGAGUAUAAGUCGCAGAACCAGCCAGACUAUGAAAAAAAAGUGCGACCUAUAGUCCGGAAAAUACAGUAGGUAUUUAUUUGUGAUUAGCUGUAGCGGCUAUGUUGAACUGAGUUGACUUCAGAGGUCAGCCAUAGAUGUGUAUCCAUGAAAAACUCACUGAGUUAGAGCAAUUUACCGUAUUUUCCAGAGUAUAAGUAUGAUAUAAUAAUUAUUAUUUACUUACUUAGUUUCCUUUAAAUCCAUUAAGUAAUUCAUGACAUAUAUGUACAAACACAUGCAAAGACUUUUUUGGCUGCCGUUUGUGUUUGAGUGGUGGAUAAAACCUAAAGAAACAUAAAUGUAUGCCGGAUUAACUCAGUUCUCCAGUUAUUUCUAGUUUUCCUACAGAGAACAACCAGUGGGAAUGUCUGGUCUCUUCAGGAAAUUGCUCCUACAUCCCAGACAGUGUGACAGACAGUUCCACACCCUUUCCAGACAAUAAAAUAAAAUAUGUAGAAGAAAAAAAUAGGAAAAUAUGAAAGCUUGUUUUAGAAGAACUCUUUUAGAAGAAGAAGCAUUUUAGAGGUUUGUUUCAGUGUUUAGUGUUUGGAUACGACUGUGUUUACAUGAAGGCGAGUCGGAGCCUCUGUAGCCAGGGCCUCAUGGUUCUGUCCUGCCCUCUCUUACACUCUGAGGCAGUGUUUUGGACCGGGGCCCAGGACCGAGCCUGAGGCACCCUGCUCUGCUCCAGCCUCUCUGGAGCGCCGACUCUCACUGACAUUAUUACAUCAGCCCAGGAGACAGAAGACUUCAGUGUGUGUGCCGGCGCUCGGAUGCUCCUCUCAGCUUGUUGGUUUAGAACACAACAAAGUGGCUGAAAGCGUGAAGCGUCAUUGGUCGCGGUAGAAGUCUUCCAGUAGAGACGAGCAGUUCUCAGUCAUGGCCCUGCGCAUCAUACGUGGAAUGGAAGACCUGGUGGCAUCGGGCAGCCAGGUUGUAUGGAGCCUGGCUCAUCAGACACUGAGGAGGUUGUACAAGCAUGGGCUGAUGCCAUGCAGGCGCCUCCUGGAGUCCUGGUUCAGGAUAGGAAAGUGCUACCAGAUGACUGAAGGUCGUCUGGCCCAGGUUCACCUUCUCGAUGGCAGGAAGCUGGAGCUGCUGGUUCAGCCUAAGCUGUUGUCCCGGGAGCUACUGGAUCUGGUGGCCUCACAUUUUAACCUGAAGGAGAAAGAAUAUUUUGGGUUGUGCUUCAUAGAUAACAAUAGCCAGAAUAACUGGCUCCAGCUGGAUCGUAAAGUCCUCGACCACGACUUCUCUAAGACUUCAGGGCCACUGGAACUCAAGUUCCUCGUGAGGUUUUAUGUAGAGAAGAUCACCCUUUUGAAAGAAAACACAACAGUGGAGCUCUUUUUCUUAAACGCUAAAUCUUUAGUGUUUAAUGAAACUAUCGAAGUGGAGAGCGAACAUGUUUUCAAGUUAGCCGCUUUCGCACUGCAGGAGGCCAAAGGAGAAUACACCAGUGCUGAGGCUGCCAGAUCAGACCUGAAGUCACUGCCAGUUCUUCCUACCAGAGUGCUGAGGGAACAUCCAUCUCUUAGCUACUGUGAGGACAGAGUGAUUGAACGCUACAGGAAACUGAAGGGAUUGACCAGAGGACAAGCCAUUGUGCAGUAUCUGGCCCUGGUGAAAUCGCUGCCUACAUAUGGAGUCCAUUAUUACCCUGUGAAGGACAAGCAAGGACUGCCGUGGUGGCUGGGAGUCAGCUAUAAAGGCAUCGGCCAGUACGAUUUGCAGGAUAAGCUGAAACCUAGAAAGUUGUUUCAGUGGAAGCAGUUGGAGAAUUUGUACUUCCGGGAGAAGAAAUUUGCAGUGGAAGUGAACGACCCCCACAGGAGAAAGGUGACCAAGAGAACAUUCGGACAGGCCGGUCUGGUUAUUCACUCAUGGUAUGCCAGCCACUCUCUGAUUAAAACCAUCUGGGCGAUGGCCAUCAGUCAGCACCAGUUCUACCUGGACACGAAGGAAAGCAAAGAGAACAUGACCACUAGCAGGAGCUCCGGAGAAAUCGCCGUGGACCUGACGGAGAUCACCGCCCCACGGAUCAGUAAACUCAUUGAGAGCAAAGAUCCUCUGAUAAUGGCCAGCAAUGGAAGCCUCAUCUCCACUGGUUCUGCUGACUCUGAAGUCACGGAGGAACAGAAGAAGGAGAAGAUUGCUGAAUUUAAAAAAAAGGAGAAGGACCUUCAGGACAAGCUGACGCAGAAACUUGAAGAACUCAAAAAGAUCUGCUUGAGAGAAGCUGAGUUGACAGGCAAACUGCCUAAAGAGUAUCCCAUAUCCACUGGUGAGAAGGCCCCUCCAGUGCGGCGGCGUGUUGGGACGGCCUUUAAACUGGAUGACAUGUUCCCUUAUGAUGAGGACCCACAUCUUAGGAAUCUGGAGAGCAGGUUUGCUUUGCAGCAGAAGAUCGUAGAGGCGGCCAAUAAGCUCACCAAUGAGGCCGAUCUCAACAAAACGGUGAAAAGGAAGAGAAAGGACAACCUUAAGGAUGCUUUGAGGAAGCUGGAGCAGAUCGAGCUGGAGAUAAAUGCUUACAGGAAAACCAAAGGAAAGAAACCCACUCAGAGAGCCUCGUUGGUCCUAGCAGAUGAUGCUCUGACCUCAGACAUCAGCUCUCUCUCUGACAGCCUCAACCUAGAUGACGAGGAGGAACUUGGUUCUCAAAGGCAGCGGUCCAGAUCAGUGCAGUACUCCCCUAGACCACAUCAUGCAGACACUCUGGACAUUCAUUACAGCGGAGACAGGCGAGCCUCCGCUCAUGACCAGCUAGGAGACGUGAGAUUCAGUUGCAACCAAGUGCACGAGUCAGCCCGCUACAGUCGCACUGAGGCCUUAACGAGCUGCAGCGGUCUGGCUAAACCAGCUUCCAGACAGCCCCACGAGGCUCGCAGCAUGCCCGCCACUCCUGUUCUCACCCGCAAUGCCUACAGCAGCACGCAGCUCAGGUCUGAAGACGCUCCGCAACAUUUCCGUCAACGCAGCGGGAGCCUAGAGUCGCAGUCUCAGGUCGCGAUAGAGACCAAAGCGCCCAGUAUUCCGACCUUCACCAUCUCCACUGCCCGACGCAGCAACAGCACCGACAUCCUGGACGACGGCUCCUCCUACACCAGCCAGUCCAGUGUGGAAUACAGCGCUCCGGGCAACCACCCCCACAGGCGCAGGGCUCAUGGCCGCCACAGGAAAGACCUGUACGCUAACACUGGCAGCAUGCCCAACCUGGCUCAGCCGGACGCCCGGAUGCCCUGCUACGCCUACCCACCUCGGACCAGACCCACCACCACGGCCUACUAUGUCACAGGCUAUCCGAACUACUUAGAGCCUGAGCCUCACACCAACCGAGUCUACGUGUACGAAAACGAGGUGGAGGGUCACUAUAGCGUCAACCCUUCCUACCACCACACACAAGCAGCGUACCGCAACUACGACAUGCACAGUCCCUACGGCACAGACGAGAUGGAUGGCGUUCCACAUAACCUUUACGCCACAGUGCGUCCUCCCAGGAACCGCCCGGUACCGCGCAGCAACGAGCAGGUUAGCAGGAACAGUCAGAAGGCGCUGGUGGCCCAGCACUUAAAGGUCUGGUACGAACGCAACACGGCACACCGACACGGUGACUACGACUACGACAGGGCCCCCCAGCACAGCUUGAGCCAUCAGAUCAUGGCUGCACCACAUCCACAAAACUACAGGACCAUUUCCUACUCAUCAAUGUCGACAGCCUCUCAUAGCGGGAACUGGCACACCCAGAUGAGCGGUCGUGGUAUGUUAGAAUAUGACAUGCCCAUGCACGAGCCGCAGCCCUACUCCUACUCCUACAACACGGCCCCCUGCAGCCUCUCCACCCACAGCAGAUACGGCUCGUCCCAGCUUGUAAAAGGCUCCUGGCGUAGCCCCGAUGGCCAGAGACGCUGUACUUUUUUCCCUGCUAGUUCUUCCUCCUCUGGUUCCUCUUCCACCUCCUCCCUGCCCUCUUCCUCACCCUCUCCCGGCUGUCGAGUCAGGCAGGCGGUCUCCAGCCCUGCACAGCCCCACUUCUCCAGAGGGCACAGGCUCAGUAACGUGCCUUUUGCUAAAGGUAGCUCAUAAUCGUAUGUAGAUGUAAACCACAGCAGCAUGGACCCGGAGGAGCACAUCCACUGGCACGAAGACUCCAAACCAGGAACAAUCGUAUAGCUAGCUGCCGUCCCGCUGCGGGCAACUGUCACUGUGACAGGCUGACUUUGUGCCUUCGGCUGCACUUACCUGUUUAUGUGUAAAACAUUCGAAGAAUGAAGGAAUUUUAUGUGGAAUUCAGAGUGACAAACAAAUGAAGUGCUCUCAUUUUCAGUUCUGUGAAAGCAGUUUAGACUGGAGCUAGGUGUUGUGAUGAUGUCACUGAUGCACUUCAGGCUACCUUCAGAGACGACCAACACCUGAGACUGUCUCAGAGAGGAACCCCCAACGUUUCAUGAACACUGCCUAUGAAGGAUUGAUAAGGACAAUGAAGGACUGAACUCAGUAGAACCAGAUCAAAAGGAUUUACCAGAUCCACCUUUUCUCAGCAUUUCUUUGAACAACCUUUAGUUAUUUUCCUCAUAAGUAUUCAGUCUGUCAGUACACAAUGAUUGAGCCAAAUCUUUAUAGUUAACUGCACCACGUGAGUAUUACCACGCACCACCAGUUUGAUCUCACUGCCACCGCUGUUGUGUUGUUCAGAAACUGGUGAAUGGAGCCAUGCUGGAAACGAUGGGCUGGAGCUCGUCUUUCCUCCUGUAAGUAAGUGUUGCUGCUGUAAAUACACUGGUUCUGUUCUCUUCUUCUUACAGACUUUUUUAUGUUUUUUAAAAACGUGUAAUAUAUAGUGAACAAUUGUUAAGCUGGUUCUUAGUAAUUUGUAUAAUACAUUAAAAAAGUAUUUGAGUCUGUU